GAAAUUUGUGCGGGCGGCGGCGCGGAGCGGGCGGUAUGGCCGGGCUGGGGCUGCCGGGCGGGAGCGAGGCUGGGCUGCAGGAAGGCGCUGAGGAGGCGAAGCCAGCUCCCACCCAGGAGGACGAGGACGCCUGCAGCGAUUAUGGAAGCCGUGACAAGCCGGGCAGCGCCCUGGGGAGGGCCGUGCCAGAUGGCAGUGUGCUGUUCCCUGAUAUUUUUCGCACGGAUCAUCUUUUGUUUUAUGAGCGAUUUAAAGCUUACCAGGAUUAUAUUUUGGCUGACUGCAAAGCUUCCGAGGUGAAAGAAUUCACAGCUGAGUACCUGGAGAAGGUCCUUGAGCCGUCGGGAUGGCAGGCUGUGUGGCGCACUAAUGUGUUUGAGGUCCUCGUUGAGGUUGUUGAUGUGGAGUACUCAGCUCUGAAGGCAGUUGUGCAGCUCUGUGAGCCUUUCCUAUGUGAGUCACAGGUUAGCACCUUUACAUUGGAAUGCAUGCAGGAACUCUUGGAGCUGAAGGAGCGUCGGAUACCACUGCAGGAGCUGUGGGUUGUGUAUGAUGAGUCGGGGGACUUUGAUCAGACGGCACUAGCUGUGGAGCAUGUCAGGUUCUUCUAUGAGUGCAUCUGGAGGACCUGGGAUGAGGAGGAGGAGGAUGAUUUUGAUUACUUUGUGCGGUGUGUUGAGCCUCGACUGAGACUGCAUUAUGACAUCCUUGAGCACCGUGUGCCUUCUGGUCUUGUUGCUGAUUACCACAACUACUUGUCUCAGUGUGAAGAACUCUACAGGAAGUUUUUAAAUGUGAGGAACAACAUAUCAAGCAGUGAUUCAGACUCUGAAAUGGAAAAUGUCUCCAUGGUGGAGGGACUGAAGUUGUAUGAGAAAGUAGAGCACUUGAAACAAAAACUAAAACUAAUUGAGAAUCCUCUGCUGAGGUAUGUGUUUGGUUACCAAAAAUACAGUGGUCUCCAAGCUAAAGGGCAGAGACCAACAGGUAUCAAGAUCACUCAUGUUGUAUCCUCAACUGUGAUGGCGAGUCUCUUGCAGUCUUUGAUAAGGGACAAACUUUGUCCUGAGUCUUGUGGUGAAGAACUAGAAAUACAGUUCCACAAUGAUCCUCUGGCAGCUGUAAAUGCUUGUUAUGAAGGAGACACUGUCAUCAUCUGUCCUGGUCAUUAUGUUGUAGACGGCAUGUUCUGCAUUGCUGAUUCUAUUGAAAUAGAAGGCUAUGGCCUGCCAGAUGACAUUGUGAUAGAAAAGCAAGGGAAAGGAGACAACUUUGUAGAUUGUACAGGAGCCAAUAUAAAGAUCUCCAAUUUGAAGUUGGUUCAACAUGAUGCUGUGGAGGGGAUUUUAAAUGUUCAUCAAGGGAAAACAACUUUAGAGAAUUGUGUGUUACAGUGUGAAACUACAGGCAUAACUGUACGAACUUCAGCUGAACUAUUAAUGAAGAACUCAGAUCUGUAUGGUGCCAAGGGUGCUGGUGUGGAAAUAUAUCCAGGUAGUACGUGCACCUUGUUGGACAACGGCAUACACCAUUGCAAGGAGGGAAUACUUAUUAAGAACUUCUUAGAUGAACAUUUUGACAUCCCCAAAAUAAGCAUGGCCAAUAAUAUGAUCCAUAAUAAUGAAGGGUAUGGUGUGGUCCUGGUAAAACCAACUGUUGCUUCUGAUGUAAAGGAUGCUUCAGCAGAAGGAACAACAGGGUAUGCACAGUCUACGCAGUCAAGUGAUGAGAGAGCACACGAAGAAGGCUUCAGAGAAGAACUACCUGAGUGUGUAGCUGAUGAAUUGGAACUUUAUAAGCAAGCUGAGAUUUCUGAAGGCAAUCAUGAAAUUGUAAGUGAACUUGGUGCUGCUUCUGCAAAGAAGAGUCAGAUGCACAGGAAAAGGCUGAGUGAACUGGGAAUCACAGAAGCUGAUGACAACUUAAUGUCACAGGAGAUGUUUGUUUCUAUUGUGGGCAAUCAGUUCAAAUGGAAUGGCAAAGGAAGUUUUGGUACUUUUCUCUUCUGACAGUCCUGAUUCCUAGUGGCACUGUAAUAAGAUUUGCACAAGCUGUUCUUCUCAGUGCUGCUUUCUGAGGAGGUAACUUCCAUCAGCUUUUCAUACUGUUACUAAAAUAUUUAUUAAUUUUAUAUAUGUGUAUAUAUAUACACACAUAUACAGCAUGUGAAAACUUUACUUCCUUUGUACAAGCAUGGGCAACGCUGGUAGAAAACAGAACUCUGCUAAACUAUGGACUUGCUCUUUGCUAGCUGUCGUUUUCUGUUUUUUUUUUCUUUUUGGUAUGUUUAUUUAACUCCUUUGGUCCUUUUUUAACAUACAAAGAAGUCUUUCUACAAAGAAAAGGUUCACCAUAGAAGGAUGGACAACCGCUGCUCAGCAAUUAGUGGUACACCUUCCUCCAUAGUUUUUUUUUAUUUUAAAGUGGUGUUAACCUCUGCAUCCCUCCUGUAAGAGAAUGAUACACGUAGUUAUGUGUGUCAAACAGAAGCUGGUGAAUUAGUCAGUUGCAUGAAAUAUAGUAGCUGGCUGCCAUGCUUUAUGCUUGAAGGAUUUUUGGGAGAAAUUAGCAUCUGGAAGGUUAGCAUCAUUCAGUCUUAUGUGGAAAUAACAAGCUGGCACACAGCAGCAGCUGCCACAGCCUGUGCACCUUUGACAUAAGGAGGACAGCGUCUAACUAAAACUCUGAAUAAGGAGAAAUCAAAACAGAUGUUUCUACGUGUCUACUAUACCUUUCAGCACAUUAUGCUAAAAUUUUUAAAACUCCUAUGCCAUGUGUAACAUUUCCUCUUGGAAAUAAAAAGAAAACUAAACAGGAAAGACGACCAAGAACUUUGCACUGAAAUCACAUCAGCACACAGCUAUGGAACGUUAAAAAAAAGUUAGAAAAUAAAGGCAUUUCAGUGGCUCACCAUUCAUUACAAAUUAACUGGAGAUGAAACUUGGCUGGACUUCCUGCUUCAGGACUCUGCCUUCUCAGUGCUUCUUAUGCCUUUUAAAUAUAAAUCUUAAUACCUUAUUCACGCUUAUACUGCCUUCCGGAGUUGUAUUUUCAUACACCAGUUCAAAACCACUUCUACAUGUAAAAAGAAUACUAACUCCCAAGUCAUUCAAGGUGGUGCUGGGAAGCACAGUAUGGUGUUGAGAAGGAGGAAGGUGCCAGCAAAAGAACUUCUGCAAGUAACUUAGCAGGUAUAUACCUUCCCUGGCACUGUGGUGUGUUGCUUAAGGUGGAGGUGAUUUGUCUACUCCAGUUUUUUUCUCCCCACCCACUUGAGGAACUGCGGUGGGAAUCAAAAUUCUCUCAAGUCUAUGACUUGUUUUACUGCGAGCAAUUGAUAGAAAGGAAAAGAGAAAAGUGUAACUUAACUUACAAGCAUAUUUUCCUGCUUUUUUUUUUUUUUAAACAUGAACCACAGCAUUAAUUGCAGCUUUCCUAUCCCCCUGCUGUUUUUGUUUUGUUCAGUGCACUUGACUUCAGGACUAUGCUUUUGAGUUUUAUUGAGCCUGAAUGCCACUACAACAUCUUAACAUGCACAAGACAAUAAAUACUUGCAGUUUAGUGGCUAUAGCAAAAUACUUGACUCAAGUGAAAACCCACUACUUGGAUUGACAGUAGUGAUCUUAUGGGAUUUAUCAUGUCAUGUGCCAAGUUUAAUGCUUUGAUGUUAUACUUUUACUUCCUGAGUGUAAUCCUAAUUAAAGAUCUAGAGCUAAAAACUGACUUUGUGGUUUUGUAGUAAGCUGCCUUUGGAUAUGCAGGCAGCGUUUCUUUCUCUUGCAAUUAAUUUUAAAGCUGGCUUCCGUCAACAGCUUUUGAGUUCCCUUUUUACAUUCAUUUAAAUUUAUGAAGGCAGAAACUAAAAUAUUCUUAUUUCAAUAUCACCAUUUUAUUGGUCUGUUCCUGUGCCGUAUGCCAAUGGUGCUGCUACUGUAUGGGUUGUCAGCAGGUGAGGAGGCACCAUCUGAAAAAUGAGACUUGAUGCAGGAGUUCUACUAUAAAGUUCUGCUAUAAAAUUGUGGUUUAAUUCUUGAUGAUGUUAAGGCUUUGAAGGACCAAACUUCCAGUUGAGCCAUCCCCUUUGUGUGGAGUUUGGCAUACCACUGUUGUCUACUUCAGCAUGCUCAUCUUCAGUCCAGGGCGUUGUUUCAGAAAUACUCUCACAAGCUGAAAUCCUAACCAGUGGUUUCAUCUGUCUUUGGCACGUUACAUGUUUAUUUUCUCAAAUAUGUCCUUGCUUUAUUCACUUCUUUUGUGCUUCUUUCAAGGCUUCGCUGUUGCUUUCUUGCCAGCUUUCAGACAUAGGUGAAAUGGUGAAUUGAAUACAUCACAGAAGCAGUUACUGCAGGCAGAUCGAUGCACUAAGUGGAAUGACCAUAGGCUGCCACACAUUCAAGAUGGUUUCACAGAUACGUGCUUCUCUUCUAGUUGUUUUGUUUUUUCUCCCAGGAACGAAAAGGAAGCACCAAAACCUUUUUUGGAAGAUGAUGUUAAUUCUUCUGUUUCACAAACAAUUUUGCUCUACCUGUCCUCUGAGCAGCCUGACUGCCACAGACAGUAUUUUUCAUGUUUCGCAAUAAGAAAAUCAAAUCAGUUCAGCAUGUCCUGUGAUAUUUCCUGUCUUGUUUUCCUAUGGCCCUGUUUAGCACUGCUGUGCCUUCCUGCUUCGCAAGGUCCUUGGGCAACGGCCAGUUCUGUACUCUGCUUUCCCCUCUUUCAUAUACAGGGUUUUCUUGCAAAGCACUCCUGUGGGCUGCUGUCUCUCUAAAGUUGCCCUCUGAAGCACAAUUCUGUUCUUCUCUAAGGCAUUAUAAUACAGCACAAAUGGCAAAAAGAACUUUUAUUUUUCUUACGUGAGCUGAAAUGAACUAGCACUGCUCUGCUGUCUCAGAACCAGAAGAUAUCUGCAGGCCUCAGAGCUCAUGUGUGAAACUACAGCUCGUGCCACGUGGGUCAGAAAACAAAAUGGAAUUUACUGUAUCCACCUGUAAUAAGCUGAAUAGUUUUUAAGUGUACCCAUGUGGAAAUGUUGAAGAAAAUGUCAUCUCUAGGUUACUUGUGACUCUUGGCUUUUUUUCCUUCAUCAAGUUUUUAGUUUUCUAAGAGCAAUAUAAACGUGUCAUGGUAGAGUUGUAUAUUAAUUGUAUAUAAAAUAAAAAACAGGGCAAGGAUCUAAGCUGACAUUCACCACCAGGAACAGAAGUGUGUGUGUGUGUGUGUGUGUGUGUGGGAAUAACCAGUAAGUACUGAAAGAGUCUGUGUGAUGCAUCUUCUAUUUUCCUACAGGCAGGGAGCUGUGGGAAUGUGUCCAGAGGUGAUUACUGCUGAGUCACUAACUAUGUGAGCUAACUGAACAUUUUAAACUUAAGAGAAAGCCGUUAUUUUGGUUUUUGGUUUGUUUUUGUUAUUUUUUGGUAUACUUCAGCUGGCAGACUAAAUCCCUAAUUCUUCACUUUGAAUCGUAUGUUCACUCUGAACGUUCCAUGCCAUGUCAUAAAAAGCAUGUUAUUUCUGUGAUAUGGUAAGAAUCUGAUCAUCUUCAACUCCUUUUUUAAAAGCAACUGUAAAGAAAGGUGCAAUAAAAUCCAGUGGAUGUAGUGACAGUUGGUUCUACAAGGCAGGCAAUGUAUUGUGUUGGCGAUAUAUCCCAGUACAUUAAUAACAGACACCAGAAGCAAGGCAGAAAUGCAGAAGAAGAGGAAGGCAUUGCAAGCCCUGAUCUUGGAUUACAAAGCAGCCUAGGAGAGCGUGCCAUCCUUUCCUUGGCUUUGGGUGUUGGUAUUUGACUCUGAGGGUGGACAGAACUCCUGAUAAGCAUUUUGUUUAUUGAAGUACGUUCUUUUUAGACUUGUUUGAUAUAUUGGGAUGAAACACAGAACACUUUUGGCCUUAAAAUGGAAGGGUAGGAGUUACUGUAUUUUUUUUUUCCACUUCUUACUGCUUUUCUUUUGAUCUUAAAGUACUUUGUGCUACCUGAUUGAGGAAGAAACUUGCUGCAUGACACACAACAACAUCAAGUACAUACUAUUCCGAUACAUCUUAUGCUCCAUUUCUGUUUUUAGAGUGAUUUUGUGGACAAUGAUAUUUUUCUUCUUGGUGUUGUAUCCUGUAGCACCACACUGCUUUUCAAUUGUGAAGCUCUGCAUUGUCUUUGGAUAUGAAACAAGCCUGUAACUGGCUUGUGGUGGAUGGCAGGUUCUUGAUGAUUUUAAUUAAAAUAAUUAAAUUCAGAGAGAGCAGCUGAAAUAACAGGACUUAGGUUGUUAUAUCUGGGUAUCUGUUUCUGCAGGGGCACUUCAUUACAAUAAUUCUUAUACUGGCUCUCCAGCCACAUACCCCAGGCUUGCUUUUGCUGUUUGCUGAAUAGUGAAGUGAUAAAGUAAAUGACUCUUCCACUGUUUAAAUUGCAAUUUCUUCCCAGUCAAUAAAGAAUUUGCUCAAAAAUGUGCACACGAA